AUGGUCACGGUCAUCCCCUCAGUUUCGAAAACCCUUCGCUCGCGAUACGCACCCUCUGAGACCGAAAAAGCAGCGCUCGUCUCCGAUAUCUUCACAAUUGAUUCUUGGCUAACGAACCUCGACCUAGAUAUUAACGCGAUCGAGGAGCGUCUUGCUGCUGUCCGCAAAGUUCGCGCCCAGGUCGCAGUCGACAGGGACAAGAAAUACAGCUUGCUUGCGCCUAUCCGCCGCUUGCCCAACGAGGUCUUUACCCUCAUCAUCCGCGCCGCGUUUCCGAACAAGUGGCGCUCAGAGGGCAGCUGCACCAGCCCCUUUCCCCUCAUCGACUCAUGCUACUACCGCCUGCGCUCUCUUGCGCACUCCAUGCCCGAGCUGUGGGUACGACUGCUGUGGCCUACCAAAUUGCGCAGCCAGCAAACCCAAGGUACCUUCCUUGCCCGCGCGCAACUAUGCAACGAGCGUGCGCGCAACGAGGGCUUGGACCUUGUUGUGCCGAACUUCAGACUGUGGUUGUCCGACCAACAAGAUUGCCCUGAAGGAAAUCGUGCUAUGCAUUGGAUCUCCACUCAUGUGGACCGCUUUCGGACCCUUGACUUGUAUGUGCAGUACAACAGCCAGCCGACAGAUGCUGUCAGCGCACCGUUGCUGGAGUAUGCGCGUCUGUGCACUACGGACCAUAUCAUUCUUGGCCGCGAAGACCGCUCGUUCGGAAUCAAACUCGAUGCACCUUAUCUGCGGAAGCUCGAGCUGUACCAUCUUCUAGCCCCGUCGCGCGUUCACAUACCGUGGGCGCUGCUGGAAGACCUGACGCUCGAGAUCAAGUGCUUCGGCCUUGCCGAUCUGAAUCCGUUGCAGCUCUGCACCAGCCUCAAAGACCUGCGCUUCGGCAAGGGAUCAUACUGGCCCGAGGACGAGCACAACGAUCAAGGCUUCAUGAUAACGCUGGGCGCCUUGCGCACCCUUUCGCUCGGCGAAUGCGGUCUUCGUUUCUGCAAAUUCCUCGUCGUGCCGCGGCUGGAAGAGCUGGUCUUGCAGCCAGGGCACGAGUGUGACAUGCCCGCUGUGCGGACGAUGCUCUGGAACUCUGGCCAUCCGGGAGAGAACACCCUGCAGUCCAUCGCCCUCGCCACGCACUGGUGCACAGGCGAGGGCGAGGGCGAGGACGCCCACUCUCUGAACGGGCAGGAAUAUCUGUCCGUUCUGCGCUGCACGCCCGCGGUCCGGCACUUGAAGUUAUCGUAUUAUUGGAAGGAAGGUCUCGACCUCAAUGUCGUACUCCGCGCCCUCAUCGUUGCGCCUGGCGAGAGGCCAACGCUUCUUCCCUUGCUGGAACGGGUUUCGAUCCAGCUCAAAAGGGGCUUCACGACCUUUGACGAAGAGUGUGUGGCGCUCCUGAAGGAAGUCGCCCUAUCGCGCUGGGCGACCGAUGACGGCACGCACGUACUGCGACUGUGGGGUGCAUGGCCGGAGGAGCUAAAAGAACGGGGCAUUCUCGUCGACCAAGUCCCUUGCAAAAGCGUAGCGUCCGAAUGGUAUGAUUGAGGAACGACUGAAAUAUUAGCGCCGUGUCUUUUGCGAACCUUCGGAACCUACAAUACUCGCGCAGAUUCACACAGCUUGCGUCAAGUGAAUAUACGAAUUAGUCCAGUCAUUCUUCGACGGCCAUAUAGGUCAUCCAUGGUUUGUACGAAGAGCAGAUAAAUACGUGAAGCAGUGUCUGCAUAGAGAGAGCAAGCGCGACAGAGCGAGCGAUGCAUAUACAGAGCAAAGAUGGGCGAUAGAUACGAUAUGGAUACAGCUAUGCACAAUUAGGGGUGUGG